AUGAUGCGUUGGUUGACAGGACUCUGGCUCGCAGGGUCCGGCCUAGCCGGGCUUGGUGCUGCGUUCCCAGCAAACUACGAUCCUCGCAAAGACGACUUCCCGACAGUCGAAACUCAUCCCUUUGCCGACUUUGGCCCCGUUGUGAUAAAGCGAGCGCAUAAGCCUGAUUUGCGAAUCUUGCCGCUUGGUGCGUCUAUCAUGAGUGGCGUCGGAUCAACGAAUGGCAACGGUCUAAGAAAGCCAUUGAGAGAUGCUCUUCGUUUCGAUGGCUUCGAGGUCGACAUGGUUGGUGGUCGAAACUCCGGGACCAUGAAAGAUAAUGAUCACGAAGCCAACCCUGGGGAUAUUUUGACUGAGAUUCGAACUCGACUUCAACACGCGUUGGGGUACAAGGCAAACGUAAUCAUCAUCAAUGGGGGCACGAACGAUGCAGUGCGGACGAUUGACCCAGCCGGCAUAUACCACCGAAUGGACGACAUGCUCAGCGACAUCUGGAACUCUGAGGACAUGGGAAACGCCUGCAUCAUGCUAUCAACUCUUCUGGACACUUCAGAUGAAGCUGGCGCCGUCAACCGCAUUUUCAUCAACCAGGAAUAUCGACGCCUAGUAAACGACCGCGAGGCUGACGGUAGAUGCAUCGUUCUGGCUGAUAUGGAUCCGCCGGAAGGGCCACAGCACGGAUGGAUACAAGCGAAAGACGCAAAGCCCGAAUGGGCGGACUACAAGCCAGACGAGAUACCACACACGCAUCCUAACGAUGAAGGACAUCGUAAGAUGGCUUACAUCUUCUACAGAGCUAUCCUCAAGGCGGUCGCACUGGGGCAGGUCAUGCCCCCGUCGACCGAAUUCGAAGUGGCUGACCCUGUUUGCGACAAGUUUUCUGGCUCAGGUCUCAAUCCGGGCGGCAGAACGCAGAGGGGCACUGGGAACGAUGAUGAUGUCUACCGUCAUUACAGCGAAGAGAUGGGAAUCAUCUGGUCGACGACCGAGAGUGAAUGGGAUCGCGACCAGUGGCGAUUUGCUCGACUCUUCUCAGACAAGUACGAUGACUUCAUUGCAUGGGUCAAAACUAGUGACACCUCAAACACUUUUGCAGUUUGGUCCAACUCCGGCGACGGUAAAGGCGAAUUCACAAAGCUCUCGGCCGACUUUGAUCCUGGCAUGUAUUGCGAUGCAGGCAGCCAAUACUUUAUUGACAUGAACGGUGAUGGCCUCGAUGAUAUGGUCUGCAUCGAUAGCAAGGGCAACGCGUACCUAUCCAUCAAUAACGGAGACGGCGGCAGAGGCGUGAGGCCGCCGACGUUCAGACAUCUUGGUCUGAUCAAGAGUACCGAAACAUCCAGCAGAGACAACGUACGCAUGGCCGAUAUCGACGGCGAUGGAAGAGGCGAUUAUCUUGUCAUCGACAAGCUUGGCACAGUCACCGCAUGGCGAAACGGAUGGGUCGACGACAAACCCAAGUAUUGGCAAGCUUUGGGUGUACGAUGGGAGGAUCAGUACACGCGAGAUAUCAAGGGUGUUCAAUUCCACGACAUCAACGGCGACGGUCGCGACGACUGGCUUUGGACGGACAAGACAGGCGCUACAACUACCUUCACGAACAGCCGCUCUUGUAAGAAGAAGAAAGAAGGCGAUGGUCUCAAUGUCGCUUGGCGUCAGGGCUUCUUCGAGAAAGAAGGCACCGGUCCCACACACAAGGGCGUCCCCGGCUACAUCACUAAGCAGGAGACUGAUCUCCGCAAACGCGUUCACUUUGCCCGGGUUUACGGAGGUUCAUCAUCCUUCGGAAACCUCUCACUCAAAGACUACGUAUUCCUUGAGCAUGCCAAGCUCAGCAACGGCAUGCAUAGCUUCAAGAUGCGCGUGUGGAAGAACACUGGCGGAGGUGCCUCCAAGCUGAAAAUGGAUGGCAACAAAUACUGUAACAUGGUCGGACACGCUGACGGGCGCUCUGACUAUGUGUGGACAUGGUCCAACGGCAAGAUGGAACUCUUCAUGAACCGAGGCAAGAAGGCCAUCGCCGACAACGAUGCUGAGGGCUUCUGGGACUGGAGUCCGGGUGUCAUCUGGACGCCGCCCGCGGCUAUGCACAGGCUGGACCUGCACCUCGCCGACUGGGACGGCGACGGCGCGUGCGAUAUCAUCUACGUGAACCCCAAAAACAACCAGUUGCGGGUGUUCAUCAACGAGUAUCCGAAGAUACAGUCUUGGCAAUUCACUGAGAUCAGCCAAGUGCCCACUCUCCCCUGUCACGAGAGAAGAGGUGUCGGGAUCAACGACUUGGCUGUUCGCUUCGCAGACUUAACUGGCAACAAAAGAGCCGACUUCCUUUGUCUCCGCCCAGAUGGAUUCAUCACCGGGCUGCUACACCAGAACGAUGGAAGUUUCAAGGCAGUGGGCCAAGUCAAGGUUGCUGAAGGCCACGACAGAGCCAUGCUUCGUUUUGCUGAUGUCAAUGGCGACGGAAGAGACGAUCUCUUGUGGAUUGAGAAGUUCUCAGGCGACACUUGGGCCUGGUACAACGAAGGCGAAGACGCAAGCAGACCGCUGGGGUCAGCAUUCCAUUGGCGUCAACAGACAGAGAUGGCGUACGCCGGUCUGGCUGCCGGAACAUGCCUCUUCUACACUGAUCUCUCAGGUGACUUCCGCGCGGAUGAGCACUAUGUCCUUGAGUCGAUCAACAACAUCGCUGAGACAUCUUUCAGCCCUGCAUGUGGCCUCAGCAAUGUGGAAGGCGACGACCCCGAGGGCGUUAUCGAUCCUAAGCUACCCGUGAGACCCGAAGAUCCCAACAGCGGCAAUGAUGAGGUUCCGGAGGGAAUCUGCUCAUACAAGUUCCUCGGGACUACACAGCUGACGCUCAAAAACACUUGGGAGAACUCGGGUGCACGUGCUAGCCUGGAAAAGUGGUUCGAGACGAACAGCCCGCCAACCUGGUCAACAAACUAUCUGAACAAGAUCCUCGGUACGCAAAUCACUUGCGGAGACAUCUUCCACUCUUGCGCUGGGCCUUCCAAGAAUUGCUCCGAGUACAACCCUCCCGAGGCUUUCUACGUGCACAUGCAGAUCGCCAACCUGCACGACGGCAUGGCCAAGUUCUGGGGCAUGAUGGUCAACGACAGCGUCACUGCCUUGGGGAGCGAUAUUACAACCAUUGUGAACAAGUACGGCACACCCAAGGACGAUACUAAUACCAUUCUCAACAUGCUCGUCGGUCUCUUCACGAGUCUCGCUGGUGUUGGCGGUACUAUCUCAGACGCUUUGCCUGGAAGCACAGGAGCAGGUGUGCUCGGCAAGUUCGUCAACCCCAUGACACUGUUCGCCGGCGUAAUCGCUAUCGCAGCUACAACAGCCGAAAAUGUGCCAGAGGUCGAUCCCGCCGGGCUCGAGCAGGACUUGAAAGACAGUUACAGCACUAUGUUCUCCCACAUCUCGAAUCACUGCAAAACUGCACUGAGUUCCGUGAUCAAUGGAGAAACAGUUCCAAGGAUUGGCGAAGAGGGCAUGCGGGAGUACAUUCUGCGCCAUUUUGACGAUGGUGCGUGGCUAAGUUCUGAGUGGGUGGGCGACAUGAUUGAUAUGAUGGCAACCAAUGUCUUUGGGAAAUUCAGAGAGUUUGCACUCAUCCGCUCUAUGAAGACGGCAAACAAGAGGGAGUACAAGUUCCUCGUCACGUCCGCCGAUCAAAAAGUUGUACCGACUGAGCUCGGUUACUUGUCUCAAUGGAACGACUCUACCAUUAUAGGUAAAGGAACUUCCUGGACUGGUGAUGGGGAGACGGCUAAUGGUGGAGGCACCUACCUAUCCGCGCCUAGGAUGCAUCUUUAUCGACGCCACAGACAAUGCCUGGCUGCCUGUGCAAAUGGCACAGUUGACGCGAGUGCGUUCCCUUCCAUCAUAGCUACUCAGUGA